UUUUCUUCUUAUUGCUGUGCUAUCCCGCCCCCCAAGUCAAGGGAGUUGGCCGGGAAUGCCGACCGGGUGGAUGGAGGAUGGAUACCGGGUUUCCUCCGUCCUCUCGCCGGCUUCUCAUCAAAGAAAGACUUAACUCGAUCCGUUCCGGGAAAUUGGAACUCUUACUCCUGUACAACUGCUAUCAUUGGUCUAAACAUCUUUCCGUUACGGCAUUGAUGUGGCCUUGGGCCUUCAUAAUCAUCCCCACCCCCAGGCUCACUCAGCUCCCGACCCAGCUCCAUGAUCCACCCCCCCCAGCUUCAUCCGAGGCACCUGGGUAGGCAAC